AUGGACUUAAUGAACCGAGUCUUGGCGCUGUUGCUGCUCAUUACAGGUUGGAGCGUCAAACAAUCUCAGGAAUUUAAUGUUGGGACAUCAGGAGCCAAAGUUUUCUCAGGUCCUGCAGUAGAGGAGUUUGGUUACACAGUGCAGCAAUUCAGCAAUCACCUGGGUAAAUGGUUACUGGUUGGCUCUCCAUGGAGGGGAUUUUUGGGCGAGGAUAUGAGCAGAAACAGGAAGGGAGACGUAUAUAAAUGUUCAGUUUCAGGAUCUACGUCCACUUGUGAGAAACUCAACCUACAGAAUUCUGUGAAGAUUCCAGCUGUGGAGAACAUCAACAUCAACAUGAGUCUGGGCCUGACCCUCACACGAAUCACCAAAAACAAUGCAUUUAUGACUUGUGGUCCUCUGUGGGCUCAGAAAUGUGGUACUCAGUAUUUCUAUACAGGAGUGUGUGCAGAAGUGAGUCCUCUGUUCGACCCCCAGCCGGCCUUCUCUCCUGCAAAUCCAACUUGUAGUGGCCCGAUGGAUGUUGCUAUAAUUUUGGACGGAUCUAACAGUAUUUAUCCGUGGCCACCAGUUGUGGCAUUUUUAAAGAAACUCAUAGAGAAUCUUGACGUUGGACCUCAAAAAACCCAGGUCUCCGUUAUCCAGUAUGGCAAUACUCCUGUGGUUGAAUUUUUUCUGAAUACUCAUGAAACGAAAGAGUCGAUGAUUCAGGCGGCUUCAGCUAUUGAUCAGAGAGGGGGACUGAGAACAAAUACGUUCACAGCUAUCGAGUAUGCCAGGGCGAAUGCUUUCCUGCCUCAAAACGGAGGACGUCCAGGCGCGAGUAAAGUGAUGGUAGUCGUAACGGACGGGGAGUCGCAUGAUUUCUCUCUGACAGACAAAGUUAUUACUGCAUGCGAUAAAGAUAUCAUCACUCGCUUUGGCAUUGCUGUGCUUGGUUACUACACCAGGAAUAACAUUGACACCACAAAAUUGAUCAAAGAGAUUCAGUCGAUCGCCAGUAAACCAACCAUGAAGUUUUAUUUUAACGUGUCUGAGGAGGCGGCUCUCUCUGAGAUCGCAGGCUCUCUGGGAGAUCGAAUCUUUAAUAUUGAAGCUGCAGGUACAGCCAGUGAGUUCCAGAUGGAGAUGUCCCAAGUUGGGUUCAGUGCACACCAGACCAAAAACAAGGAUGUGAUGAUGCUGGGUGCAGUUGGUGCGUAUGGAUGGACUGGAACUGUGGUUCACAAAACUGCUGAGAAAUCAGCAAUUUUCCCAAGAUCAGCAUUUGAAGAAACCCUGAAGGACCAAAACCAUAGUUCACUGUUGGGUUAUUCAGUGACCACGCUCUAUAGCGGUUCCACAGAAUACUUUGUGGCCGGUGCUCCUCGGUCCAACCACACUGGUCAGAUUGUUGUGUACACGGUCAAAGAUCAGAACCAACCCAUCAUUAAAGACUCACAACGAGGAGAUCAGAUCGGUUCGUACUUUGGCAGUGUGCUCUGUCCUCUGGAUGUGGAUCGUGAUGGCAUUACCGACCUUCUGCUUGUUGGAGCUCCAAUGUACAUGAGUGAACAUAAGAAGGAGACGGGCAAAGUCUACAUCUUCUCCAUUACCAGCGGUGUGUUGAGCAGCCAGGGUUUUCUGGAAGGCUCCUCUCCCAUGGAGAACGCUCGAUUUGGGAUGGCCAUCUCUGCUGCUCCUGACCUCAACCUCGAUGGCUUCACUGAUGUGGUCGUCGGAGCUCCGCUGGAGGACCACAACCGGGGAGCUAUUUAUAUCUUUAACGGAGACUUGAAAACUAUCAGAAAGCAGAGCUCACAGAAAAUUAUUGGAGCAAAGCUGGACCCGAACUUAAAAUUCUUCGGACGUUCGUUGGAUGCCAGUGGAGACCUAAAUGGAGACACAAUCCCGGACGUCUCAGUGGGCAGUUAUGGGAAGGUGCUUCAGCUUUGGACCAGAGGAGUUGCUGUUGUGACGGCCAAGGUCACAUUCAACCCAGACAGGAUCAGCAUUUUGAGUAAGACGUGUAGCUUCGGUGGACGGAUGGUGUCCUGUUUUACUGCUAAAGUUUGCUUCAGUGCGGUGUUCAAACCCUCAAAACCGGUCGGACCAGCAGCUAUCAAGUACAACUUGACGCUGGACGCCGACCUCCAGUCGUUUCGAGUCAGCUCCAGAGGCCAGUUUAGCAACUCUGAUCGAAUCGUCCAGAGGGAGUUCAGUGUGACCACGGAGGAGAAAUGUGAAGAACAUCAGGUGUACGUUCAGGAAGCUCCUGAUCUCGUCAACUCCAUCACUCUCCGAGUGGACAUCCGACUUCAGCAGCCAGAUUCCAGUCCAGUCCUGGAUGCGUUCAGUCCCACAGCGUGGGAGUUUUUUAUCCCAUUUUCUAAGGACUGUGGUACUGAUGAAGUGUGUUUCAGUGACCUGGUCCUGAGUGUAGACAGAGAGCAGCCGACUGGCCCCACGGUGCUGGUGAGCCACCAGAACAGACUACUGGUUUUUUCAGUAACUGUAAUGAACAGAAAGGAGAACGCCUACAACACCCGAGUGACUGCUCGCUACUCCACCAACCUCUUUUACUCCUCGGUCACGCCACCUCUUGAUGGCACAGAGGUGAAAUGCACCUCCGCCAAAGACACUGAACUCCUGGCAUGUCAAGUGGGAUAUCCGGCUCUCAGGACUGACCAGUCGGUGACGUUUAAGAUCAGUUUCGACUUUAAUCUGGGGCAGAUACAGAAAGAUGUUAAAGUGGACUUCAAAGCUGAAAGUGAUAGUACAGAGGAAACUUUAGCAGAUAACAGUGAGAUGGUGUCGAUCCCUGUGAAGUACAGCACAGAAAUGAUCCUCAGCAGAGAGACGAACAUUGAUGUUUACCUGCUGGAUGAAGAGGAUGAUGUUUCAAACGCAAUAAAGACGUAUAAAGACAUCGGCCCAGAGUUUAGGCUCAGUCUCAAGGUGACUGGAGCUUUUUUCCCUGUUAGUCUGGUCUACCUCGAUGUCUCACUGCCAAGCAACACAAAAUCAGGAAAUCCAUUGUUAUAUGUAACCUCGGUCGAUGUUGCACCUGUUGGUGAUGUGCUGUGUGACACCAGCAAGCUAAUAGACCCAUUAAAAAUUAAAGAGAAAGAAUACACUACCGCCAUCACAGAAGAAAACUUCAGAGGAACCAAUGAACUGAACUGUAAGUCCGCUGUGUGUAAGCCGCUGAAAUGCGUGUUGAAAGACCUGAAGGAGAAGAGUGAUUACUACAUCAACGUGACUGCAUGGAUCUGGAACGGCACAUUUGCAAAGGCUGAUUUCCACUCAGUCGUACUCGGUGUGAGCGCUCAGAUCGAAACCUCGCAACCUGAUCUACUGGUUAUCACCCACAAACAAGUGAAGGCCGACAUCACAGUGAGUAAACCAGGAGCUAAAGCAGACGUGCCUAUUGGUGUUAUUGUGGGCAGUAUUAUCGGAGGAUUACUCCUGCUGGCGCUUUUAGUAGCAGCACUAUGGAAGCUGGGCUUCUUUAAGAGGAAGUAUCAGCAGCUGCAGAAAAACGAGGAGGAUGGAGUAGAAUCAGCCGGAUUACAGGACGACGCGGGACAGUAA